AUGAAGUUAAUUUUAUUUUUAAUUUUAUUAGUAAAUAUAGUGUUUGCUCAACAAACUGAAGUUAUUAGUAUCUUAAAUGGCCCAAUUAUAGGUAAUGUUUACGAUACACAUAAAGCCUGGUUAGGUGUUCCAUUUGGUCAACCACCAGUCAAUAGUAUGCGUUGGAAGAGUCCAGUUGCUGUAUCUUCUUGGUCAACACCCUAUAAUGCUACAUAUGAAAGAAAUGCAUGUUUUCAAUUUUGUAAUUUACCAGCUGGUGUAUGUCCAGAUCAAAAUGCAGUUGCAGAAGAUUGUUUAUAUUUAAAUGUUUUUACACCAAAUGUAGAUUUUAAUAACUUACAAUCACCAUUACCAGUAAUGGUUUUUAUUCCAGGUGGACGUUUUGAAAUGGGUUCUGCAUUUGCCCCAUUAUAUGAAGGUGGUAAUAUUGUUAAUUCAUCAGGUGUAGUUUUGGUUAUCAUUAACUAUCGUUUGGGUGCAUUUGGUUUCCUUCAAACCAGUAGCGGUAUUUCAGCAAAUGUUGGUUUUGAAGAUCAAAUUUUAGCUUUACAAUGGGUACAAGAAAAUAUUAAAUCUUUUGGUGGCGAUCCAACCCAAGUUACGGUAUUUGGUGAAAGUGCUGGUGGUACAAGUAGCAGUCUUCAUUUAACAUCACCUGCAUCUACUGGUUUAUUUUCAAAAAUCAUCAUCGAGUCAAAUCCAUGGUCAUUACCAAUCAAAACAAUUGAUCAAGCUGUUAUUUUAGGUAAAAUUUUUGCCAAUGAUUUAGGUUGUGAUGAAUCUGACAUCAAUUGUUUAUACUCCAAAUCUGCCGAAGAUAUUUUACUUGCACAAAAUAAGAGCCAAAACCAUUUUUCAGUUUUCCAACCAUUACUUACAUUCUUACCAUGGACCCCAGUUGUUGAUGGUAAACUAAUUACAGAUCAACCAUUAUCAUUAAUCCAAAAGGGUCAAUAUAAUAAGGUACCUGUUCUCCUUGGUACUGUACGUAAUGAAGCUUUACUUUUCGUUGCUUCCAUUACUUUAAAUAUUAAUAAAAUAGAAUAUAUUGGAGGUUUAAUCGAUAUCUUUGGUCUUAAACGUGAAGGUGAAAUCUAUAGCUUAUACUCGAAAUUUAUAAAUGGUUCAAACUUUAUGGACACCCUUGGAGUUGUUGGUACUGAUUAUAUUUUUGUUUGUCCAACUAGAAAUGCAGCUAUGUAUUUAUCAUCAGAUACCUCAAAUCCUGUUUAUACCUAUCAAUUACAACAUGUUACAAGCUUUAAUCCUUAUGGAAAUGAAUACCCAUUCUGUGCUGGUGCUGUUUGCCAUGGUCUUGAAUUACCAUACCUUUUCAACAAUACACAAUGGUUCCACUUUACACCAGAAGAACAAGUUUUAUCUACUCAAUUAAUGAACUAUUGGACCAAUUUUGCCAGAAGCGGCAAUCCAAACUCUCCAAAUCCAGUAAAUGUUCAAUGGACACCAUAUACCAAAGCUAAUGAUGAUAUGAUGACUCUUGACACUCCAAAUUAUAUGCAAUCUGGUUAUCUCAAUGAAUACUGUUCAUAUUGGGAUCAGUUGGGUUAUGAGGUUGGUUGGUAA